CCACCAAUUACACCUAUAAUACGUACGUACGUCAAAGCGAUUUUAUGCGGCUCGGAAAUUUGCGAUCAUAGAAAUUUUGAGGGAUCGUGGAAGUUCUUCGUGGUUUCUGGCCUCUUUAGAUCAUCUAGUUCAUCAGUGCUUUCCUGAUUUAUCGAAAAUGUCCGCGGACGAUUCCUCAGUUACGAUUCGGACCAGGCAUUUUAUGACGAACCGCCUGCUCAGAAGGAAACAAAUGAUUGUAGAUAUUAUCCAUCCUGGCCGAUCCACCCUGAAGCGUAAUGAAGUGAGAGAAAAGGUGGCCCGUUUGUACAAAACCACUCCAGAUACCGUUGUGGCAUUUGGAUUCCGUACGCAGUUUGGUGGCGGUCGUACCAAAGGAUUCGCCCUGGUCUACGAUUCAGUUGAUUCCGCCAAGAAAUUCGAACCCAAAUACAGAUUAGUUAGGAUGGGUCUCGCCGAAAAAGCAACAAAGGCUGGUCGUAAGCAGCGCAAGGAAAAGAAGAACCGUAUGAAGAAAGUCCGUGGUACCAAGAAAUCACAAGUUGGCGCUGGAAAGAAAAAGUAAACGAUUGGAUCUUUAUAUUUUUAUGAUGUUUCCGCGGAAUCUGUUGUCAUCGUUAUAAUUAUGUCGAAUCCUUAGAAAAUGCGAAUAAAAAAAAUCCAGCUUGA